AUACAAACCCACCUCCCUCUUCUUCUUCUUAUUCUUCUUAUUCUUUUUAGAUAGAGAGCUUUUUCUCUUUGACUUUUUUCUUUGCUUUAAUUUUUUUUCCCCUGAGAGAGGGAGGGAGGGAGAGAGGGAGGGAGGGAGAGAUGAAUGCGGCGCCACGCCAGCAACAGCAGCCUCCCCCCGGGGCUUCGGACUUGGCUGCCGGAGCCGCCGAGGGAACGGUAAUGCUUAGAACUUACAAGGCCUGGAAAGGCAGCAAUAUAUUUCUAUGUGGUGGAAGGCUUAUAUUUGGACCAGAUGUAAGAUCAAUCGCGCUAACCGUUUUUCUCAUUUCCGCCCCAGUAGCUAUCUUCUGCGUCUUUGUAGCUAGGAAACUCAUUGAUGAAUUUCCAAAUAACUGGGGUGUAUCCGUUAUGGUUGCGGUUAUUGUAUUGGCAGUGCUUGAUUUGAUUCUUCUGCUACUAACCUCUGGAAGAGAUCCUGGUAUAGUACCUCGCAGUGCUCACCCUCCAGAGCCGGAAGAUUUUGAAGGGAGCAUUGAGACAGGAGCUGGCCAAACUCCACAACUGCGAUUGCCUCGCGUUAAGGAUGUAAUUGUCAAUGGAAUAACUGUGAAGAUUAAGUACUGUGAUACCUGCAUGCUUUAUAGACCGCCUCGCUGUUCUCACUGCUCAAUAUGCAAUAAUUGUGUGGAGAAAUUCGAUCAUCACUGCCCCUGGGUUGGUCAGUGUAUUGGACUGCGGAAUUACCGUUUCUUCUUCAUGUUCAUCUGCUGUGCUACUCUUCUUUGUUUAUAUGUGCAAGGGUUUUGCUGGGUCUACAUCAAGAAGAUUAUGAACGAUGAUGAUGAUAUAACAAUCUGGAAAGCUCUGAUCAAGACUCCUGCCUCUAUUGCACUAAUAAUUUACUCUUUUAUUGCUUUCUGGUUUGUUGGUGGCCUUACCUUCUUCCAUUUGUAUCUCAUUAGUACAAACCAGUCAACUUAUGAGAAUUUCAGAUAUCGAUAUGAGCGGCGAGUCAACCCAUUUAACAAAGGGAUCUUUAAAAAUUUCUUAGAGACAUUCUGCAGCAGCAUUCCUUCAUCCAGAAACAAUUUUAGGAAAAUGAUUCCCAAGGACCCUUCUAUUCUACCUCGGAUAGUUGGGGGCUAUGGAAAUCCCAUAAUGGGGAAAGCCAUUAAUGACAUAGAAAUGGGGAGAAAACCAGUUUGGGAUGAGGGUGCAGUUCAUGAUGGUGAUUAUGAAGAAGAACAUGUCAGCAACGACGAUGGCCCAGACAAGGAUCAAGGACUGCACGAUGCUGAUGUGUCACCAGAUUUAAGCAGAAACCUUCCAACAGAAAGCACAGAGCGACGAGAUGUCUCAUAUUCAAGGCGUUCUAGUUGGGGAAGGAGAAGCGGAAGCUUGAACAUAUCACCUGAGAUUCUUGCUUUGGCUGCUGCUGGAGUUGGCGACUCGAGGCGUGUCACUGAAGCAAGGAGUGGAACUAGUUUUCCAUCAGAGACUGGUUCCCGGCCUAAUUCUUAGAUGUACAGAAAAACUGAGAGAAGGGAAAGAGUUGCUACUUAUAAUGCCAGUGAUGUAAAGUUUGAGUUGGUGUUGAUUUUUAACUAUGUUUCCGAGACCAUCAAAAUGUACAAGGUUUUGCUCUUUAUUUAAGACACGCUAUUGGCCUUGUGCAGUUAAUUCUUUCGCAAGUAUUGGUGUGCCAUUGUAAUUGUUUUAUUCGAUAAGCUCCAGUGUUAUGUUCA